AUGAACAUCGAAAUAUUACAGAAGAAUAAAGGUGAUAAAAAGAAUAAGGGAUAUGAUGGAACUCAUAAACGCUCCAAAAAGGAUAUUGGAACAAAAGCUGAGAAGGAACCAAUCAAGCACACUAUAGUACCGGAUCAUAACGCUGCUCCGACAGUCGAAGAAGAAGAAAUUUUGCCGUCUUUAUCAGAGGUUCAAAGAAAUGUCAGAGAAAAGAAAGUUCAUCGUAUGAAACCGAAAAAUAUGAAAAUUAUAACUGCCUAUGAGCAAUGCAAAAUGGAGUGCAGGAUGAAACGAGAUCUUGAGGAGGCAAAAGAGCUAGAAAUUGAGCUACUGAAACAGUCAUGUCGGAUGGAUGCUCGUGGUGUUAGCUGUACUAAAGCUCAGUUGUCUAACUACAUUGCUCGACUAAAGACUGAACUGUCAGAAGCCGAAGCUGCGUUAGCAGAAUCCAUUAAGAAGGAGGAAGCUGAAGAACCACAGAAAUCUUUCAUUGAAGUUCAUGUUGAUAAUGUCCCAGAAUCUCCAAAACAAGAAAACAUUGUUCUCUAA